CGGCGGCGGCGUCGCUCGAGCGUCAGUUGUUCCGCGCGCGGCGCCCGAGAGCGACGUCCAGCGUCGCGACGCUCCGUGAUGCCGACUAGCGAUUUGCGAGAAGCGCAGUGAGUGGCUUAGCUGUGGUCAUCGCUCGCAAGAUGGAGGACGGCGGCGGUCGCCGCUGCACCACCGCCAUUUUCUGCGGUCGGACGGGCCUUCUGGUCCUCAUGACGGGCUACGCCUUCCUGGGGGCCCUCUUAUUCAAGUCUCUGGAAGGCGGCAACGAGGGCGACGUCCCGGUUCAUGUACAACGCAGCAGAGAGGAUUGUCUCCGCGAGCUCUGGUUAAUUACAGAGCGGCUGAACGUGCUGUACGAGAAGAACUGGACGCGGCUGGUCACCGAGCAGCUGAAGAGGUUCGAGAGGGCCGUGGUGGAGGCCGGCAAGGCGGACGGGGCCUCUAAUCCUGGGGCGCCUCAUUGGACAUUCGGCGGAGCGCUUUUAUACUCUCUCACGCUGCUCACGACAGUCGGUUACGGCCGCCUCUCCCCCCGCACGGCCCUCGGCAAAGUCGUCGCCGUGCUCUACGCCCUCGUCGGCGUCCCCCUCAUGCUCAUCCUCCUCUCGGCCCUCGGCGCCAUGCUGGCCACCGGAGCCCGAAAGGCCUACUCGAAACUAUGCUGCCACACCGACAGCGGCAAGAAGAGUCCUUCAGUGGGCUACCACAAGGCGCCUUCCAGCCCCUCGGGUAAACUGUACUGCAAAACCCACGAAGACUCCGCCUCGAUCCAGAUCGCCUCUUCCCACAGCACCCCCAACCACGUCUGCAAGAACAGCUACCAGUACGUGGAGCACGGGGAGAUCCCCAAGCGGACGGUGUUGGCGACGGUGAAGGCCAGCCACGCCAGGGGCCGCUGCAGGCAAGGCCAAGUCAGACAGAUGCUGGCCGACACCUCCCUCUGUCCGGCGCACAGUCACGGAACACCGACGAAGAGCUCGCUAAUCAUAGGGUCGACGUCGGACGUGGACGACGCCGACGAAGGGGACGAGGGCGAGCACGUGUUGUGCACGCACGACACGCCGUCCCGCGUGCCCCUCAUCUGGCGCUCCGCCGACAGCGACGGCACGCCGCCCCCAGCAUCAUCGUCAUCACCGUCAGUGCCUGCCAGUCUCGUUCUACUUAUAUUUUUCUCGUACGUGUGCCUGGGAGCGGCCGCGUUCGCCACCGCCACCGGCUGGAGCUUCCUCGACGCCACGUACUUCUGCUUCAUCGCCCUCUCCACCAUCGGCAUCGGAGACAAGCUGCCCCAAGGCGGGGACACCCACGCCCAGCUGCAGCUGCUGGCGUGCUGUUUAUACCUGUUCCUCGGACUCGUCGUCGUCGCGAUGUGCUUCAGUCUAGUGCACGAGGAGAUCUCGACCAAGUGCAAACAUAUCGCCAGUAACAUGGGACUGUUGAGACACUAGUGACUGUUGUUUAUAUUUGGAAGUGCGAUUUUCGAAAGCGGAAUCAAAUAAUAAAAUAUUAUGCGAAA